AUUUAUACUCACCGGCACGUGAAUGGCUGACUAGUGGGAGUUGAUUUCAUCUGAUUUUAUUUAUUUCUGUUGUCAUUCCAUCGUCAAAUCGAAGCUAAAAAGUAAAGUUGAGUGACUUGACAAGAAGGAAGCUAUUACACAACACGGCUCAGACUUCAAGCAGAUCUGAAACUAUAUCAACAAAAUGAAGAUUUUAAUAUUUUGCCUAGCUGUUGCUCUUGUUCAUGGUGCUGAAUACAGAUUCCCCACCAAUGAAUCGGAACCAGCCUGUAAAUUAAUGAAGAUCACAGCUGUUAUGGAAUUGAUGCAGACAAGUCAAGAUCAAAAUGAUACAAAGACAGUGACUGUUAAACUUGCCGAGUUACCAGUAAAAGUUGAAGAUGGAGCCUGUCUUGAACCCAACCAAACUUCCACCAAUCUAGAUCUCAAUAUUAAAGAUGGUGCUGCUGCCUGGGGAUUCCUGUUUACGAUUGAUGCCAAGAAGAAUUUGUUUAUGGCCAGCACCUUUAGUUUUACUCCUAAUGAUUUUUUUUCGAAUGAUGAAAAUGAAACUGUCAGUGUGAAUAUUCCAUCAGAACAAUUAUCAGAAUAUACUAAAUCUUAUAUCUGUGAUGCUGCCAUCACUUCCAUGUUCAAUGCAACUCCAGUGGAAAAUAGUACCUACUUUUACAGUCUUAGCCUGACAGUCAGUGACUUCCAGGUACAGAUUGAUGGCAUUGAGAAUAGCACUUUCUCUGAGGGUGACCACUGCCAAGAAGAUACAAAGACAACAACAGCAAUGCCAGUUACUACCACCGAAAACCCUGGCCCUGGAAAACCUCCAGUGAAUAACUUCACCAUUCCUGGUAAUUGUAUCCUGAUCAAAUCCGCUCUAGCUGUAGAACUUCCAUACCAGACUGCUUCACAGAACACAAGUAAAACUAUCAAUGUACCUGUGGUACCAGCCAAGGAUGUAAAAGGUAACUGUAACCUGACUAGUAACUCCCAGAUGCUGUCGUUUAAGUUCUUUGACACCUGGGUUAUGUCGUUCAUCUUCACUGCUGAUGGAGACAGUCUACAGGCCAGUGUUGAUGAUUCCAGAGCCUACCAUCUUAGUAAUGUAAGCUUGGUGUACACUGAAGAUCCCAAACAUUUUCCCAAUACUUCUAAUCCAGGGGCUGCGAAGACAGUAUCAGCUAAUGGAUUGGAUCAGUUUAAAGUGGAAGGGGAUCAAAGUUCAUUUAAAUGUAAUUCAGAAACUGAUUUGGACUUGGGUAAUGGAGCCAAGUUAGACAUCAGUAAUUUCCAGUACCGUGCCUUUGCAAAUGAUAAUUCUACUGAUUUUGGUAGUAGUGGUGUUAAUGAAUGUUCCGCUGAUUCUGAUUCUAACAGUGUCGUACCAAUAGCAGUAGGAGCAGCUCUGGCUGGAUUGGUUGUUAUAGUUCUUAUUGCCUAUUUGAUUGGUCGACGACGUAGUAAACGUACUGGAUAUGAAUCCGUGUAAAACUCUGUUUAAUUGUGAUGAAUGAUAGAGCAAAUGAUAUUUUGUGAUAAAUCGUUUCGUAUUGGUCGGGGGAAAGAUAUUUAUUCAUAUCAAGGGGAUUUACAUCGAGUGGAACUGACUUCGGGGCUUGAAUGAUUUCAUUUUUCUAUCCUUGAUCACUAUAAAAUAAAAUGAAAUCAAGCUUGUCCCUCAACACAAUAUGAGUCUGACUUUAAAUUGAUAAUUUGAACCUGAUUUCAAAGUGAACUGCUAGUGUUUACGUUUGUAAAUAUUCUUAGAUGUGGAUGAAUAUCUUUGAAAGGCUAAAAUUGAAAAUUAACCUUAUGAAAGAAAGAAAAUUAGUUCAAAGGAAAAAUGUAUUAAAAUCCAUCUUAUUUGUUGACCCUGCCUAGCUUAACUCUUUAUUAUGACAAUGUAAUGCGCUUUGAUUCCGUUUAAAUGAUAUUGUUAACAAACAAUUGUUCUUGAAACAAGGUCUAGUUGUUGAAGUAAAGAAUUAAGCCAUGGCAUUAGUUUUUCUUCCCCAGCCAAUGCUUUUGUGAGAGUUACAUCCAGAUUGAGUAGACUAUCAAUGUAAUUCCAAAAUCCAAUAAACAUUGAUCACUUGUAUGUUCUUUAUGUUGCAUGUUAUAGUGUCAGUAUUUUUUGAAGUUAUUUAUACACCAAUUGAAGGCUGUAAAUGGUGUAUCUGUCAUCAAAUUCACAUCCCUUAAACUGUGAUGGAUUCAUCCACACACAUGCUUUUCCUAUGUGUAUGUUAACAAUUUUAUGGGCUUUAGGAAGAGUUCAUUUGCUAAAUAAGGGUGUUUUUUUUAUGUCAGUCAAAUUAUUUUUAGCCUUGUACAUAAAUAUAUAUAUCAAUGAGAAUAUUUCGAUAUCACUCUGUAAUUACUGCACUAUAUUAUAAAUGAAAAUUCGAAUUUCACCCAGCCAUUAAUACAUUGAGCUCUAUUUUACAAAUUAAGAUAUUUCUUGUUACCGGUAAAGGUAUUUCUUGUAUUAUUAUAGUCUAUUUUAUAGGAAUAUUUCUAUAUCACUCUGUAAUUAAUACAUUGAGCUCUUUAUAACCAGAAUAAAAAAAAAAUUAUUGUAUAUAUGAGUUUUGGUAAUUAAUUUAUGUAUAUUAUAUAUGUUUAUGCACAUUCAGGGACAAACAAUCACUAACAGCCUCUUUUAUUUUGUGGUAACGAAAAUAGUAUUGUGUUUUUCACCAAAAGAAAAGACCACUAUUCCAUUCUCUAAGGCAGUAUAAAGUAAUUGAAACUAGACAAUAAAGACUGUCGUGUUUAAUACGCCCACACUCACGAUAAGUUAUAUGGUAUCCCUGAAGUGCAUAAAUAUCUUGGCUAACCUGUAGUUAGUUUGUUUUCUAGAGUAUUGAAAUAUUGUUGCUUUGCUUGGUGCAUUGACAUUCAUGUAAAAUAAGUCAUCGAAUAUGUGAAACCAGGGUUGCUAUUUAUGGACCCAUCUAUAAUACUAUGUUAUAUAGAAAAUUUAUCCAUUUCUUCAUUCUUAAAAGUAGUACGAGAAACUCUGAACCUAUGUAUUGGCUCAAACAGAUAAAUUUAAUCGAUUAUCGUGAGGGUAAAAAAGAAAUGACAUGGAAAACAGCCACAGCUCUUUGAGCGUCUGGGUUUCUUGAGAACUUAAGUCAUUUAAAACAACCUCAACAAUACAGGCUAAAUUGACUAUGUCUAGGUACUUCAGUCAGAUAUGGCUGACAAAUACCGUAUAUUUGCCUGUAUAGUCCGCAUUUUUUUUACCAUUGUGGUGAUGCUAAAAUAGUCAUGAAUGCUGCUUUGUAUGCUGUGAUAAAUUGUAUUGACCUGAUUGAAUUCAUUGUCAGAUGUCACCAAGGCAUGUUAUAAUCUGAUUAAGAUAUGAAUGCACAUCCAGGGAGUGAUUCAAACUCUGAACUUGUCAGUCUAUUAAGUUUUAGGUAGAAUAAAUAGUAACAAAACAGACUAUAUAUUUCUGACUUUUAUUAUGUUGGUUUAAACUACCAAAACGUAUUGCAAGAGUAUACCCUAGUAUCACCAUUGUAAGAAUUGUUGAAAAAAUCUUGCCACUCAAUUAUUUGCCAAUCUAUAAAAGGAAUAAUCAUUGUUUUAUGUCUCAUAUGCUUACAGCUUUUUGAAAGAAAUAAUCUGUUUUCCCAAAUCUUUCACCAUAACAUCCAAUCUAUGCUUCAAAAUAUAAAAUUGUUGAAUAAUCCCACUUUCUGUGGACAUAUGGUUACUUAAAAUUGUCCCUUGAUGUGUAUAUCUAUCUUUGCUGAAGAUAUGUAUUAAGAUAUAGUUUGUUUUAGACCAUAGUAAGAACAUGAAUAAUGCAAAAGAUCAUGAUACUUGAUUAAGUGAAAUUCCAAUGUAAUUAUUCCAUAUAUAUAUAUAUUCUAUCUGGAAACCUGGACAAAAAACGGUAACUUUCCAAGACUAGGCCAGUCACUCUAUGACACAUCACAACCUUAAGUGGACUCUCUCACACGCAUGCUUUCACCAAAGUGUAUUUGCUAGUAUCAGCGAGGACUUUUUGUUGUCAGUCAAAUUAUUUUCAGUCCAGCAUCAGCAUAGCUAAUUAUAGAGAUGGGUACAAAAUGGUAUAAUGACUGAAACGUUAUAUUGUCCCACUUCUGAUUAUAACUGACAUCCUAUUAGGGUUAAACAGAAAGUAACAAUUUAUUUUUACAAUUUUAUUUUUAUAACCAAAAGUUUGUAUUCAUAAAUGUAUUUUGUUGAAGUUUUUUUAGGUUUAAAGCAUUAUGUAACUUAGUAUAGCAAAGUGCUUGUGAAUGAAUUACGCAGUAUUUUUUCUUCCUUUAUAGUGAAAGGGGUUAAUUGUGGACACCAGGCUGGCCAAUGGCGUUUUCUUUUCUUGAGAAGGAUUCGAAGCCACUGAAUCUAAUUACAAUCCAGCUUGCUGCCUACUUGGUUUUUACAAAGCAGUUAUUAUUUUCUUGUUGCUGAAAUUCAUUCAAUACGCAAAGACUUUGCUUACGGUAUUUUUUGUUAAGUUAUAUUUAGAUCUAUUAGUGCUAUUAAAACAACUACAGAAUGGAAACAGCCUAGGAACUGUUAAGUUCCCAGAUAUUAAUCAUCUGAACAUUUCACAGUUACUCCAUCAUACUUGUCUUGUAAUUCCGAUUGAAAAUUUAUUGUGUAAAAUAUUAUGUAAAAUUUGAAAUUAUCUUAGAAAUUGAAAUAAAAUGCUUAUAGAAAUCUAAAACAUU